AUGGCGUCCCGCGACCUCGCCGAGAGCCUCCUCCCCGGCGGCGGGGGCGGAGCCUCCACCUCACCCGACGAAUACGAGGAGCGCGCGUACGACUCCGACGACAAGAUCUCCAUCGCCAUCUCGGAUUCCGACGGCGAAAACGACGGCGCGCCGGCGUCGCGCCCACCCUUCUCGUGGCGGAAGCUCUGGCGCUUCACGGGCCCGGGUUUCCUCAUGUGCAUCGCGUUCCUGGACCCGGGCAACAUGGAGGGAAACCUGCAGGCGGGCGCCGCCGCGGGGUACCAGCUGCUGUGGCUGCUCAUGUGGGCGACGGUCAUGGGCGCGCUGAUGCAGCUGCUCUCCGCGCGGCUCGGCGUGGCCACGGGGAAGCACCUCGCAGAGCUCUGCCGCGAGGAGUACCCGACCUGGGCCACGCGCGCGCUCUGGGCCAUGACGGAGCUGGCGCUCGUCGGCGCCGACAUACAGGAGGUGAUUGGCAGCGCGAUUGCCAUCAAGAUCCUCUCGGGGGGCACCGUGCCGCUCUGGGGUGGCGUCGUCAUCACCGCGCUCGAUUGCUUCAUCUUUCUCUUCCUGGAGAAUUUUGGCGUGAGGAAACUGGAGGCAUUUUUCGCUGUAUUGAUUGCAACUAUGGCUGUUUCAUUUGCGGUUAUGUUUGGUGAAACAAAGCCUAGUGGCAAGGAACUUCUGAUCGGUUUGGUGGUUCCAAAAUUGAGCUCAAAGACAAUUAAGCAAGCGGUUGGAAUUGUGGGCUGCAUCAUCAUGCCUCACAAUGUUUUCUUGCAUUCAGCACUAGUGCAGUCCAGGAAGAUUGACAAAAACAAGAAAUCUCGUGUUGAAGAAGCAGUUUACUACUACAACAUUGAGUCAAUUCUUGCACUCAUUGUGUCCUUCUUUAUUAACAUCUGUGUCACAACAGUUUUUGCCAAAGGAUUUUAUGGGUCUAAACAGGCUGACAAUAUAGGUCUUGAGAAUGCUGGGCAGUACUUACAGGAAAAAUAUGGAACUGCAUUCUUUCCCAUCCUCUAUAUCUGGGCUAUUGGUUUGUUAGCAUCUGGGCAGAGUAGCACAGUUACUGGCACAUACGCAGGGCAAUUUGUUAUGGGAGGUUUCCUUAAUCUUCGAUUGAAGAAGUGGCUACGAGCAAUGAUUACUCGAAGUUUUGCCAUUAUUCCAACUAUGAUUGUGGCUUUAUUUUUCGAUACUGAAGAUCCUACUAUGGAUAUUCUGAAUGAAGCACUCAAUGUUCUUCAAUCCAUACAGAUUCCAUUUGCUCUAAUUCCUCUCAUCACCCUCGUUUCAAAGGAGCAAAUCAUGGGGUCGUUCGUAAUCGGUCCCAUCACCAAAGUGAUUAGCUGGAUUGUUACGGUAUUUCUGAUGCUUAUCAAUGGGUAUCUUAUACUGUCUUUCUACAUUACUGAUGUCCGGGGUGCAUUUCUUCGCUCAAGCUUGAGCCCAAUGCAUAUUCCGCUGCAGCUUGAAUGGAAUGUCGUGCAAUAUAUGAACGAGCUGUACUUUGUGAUCUACCUUAAGGUAACACUGUUCAUAUCGGACGGGCUGCUCACGCUGUUCGGUAACUGUUUAUUUUCCGGGAUGAUACUGUUCACGGAAUCCGUCACUGUUUAUAUCGGGCGGGUUCUUGCUCCGAUCCCCAAGGCUUCGAGCUCGCAAUCCACGCUGUUCGGAGCAUCGCACUCGGCCUACAGAGAUGAACUUCGCAUUCUAGAGCUCGAGCCCUACAGAGAUGAAGCAGGAUUCUUGCCAUUGGUACCUUGCUCCAAGUGCGGAACCCUUCUCAUCGGUCGCGUUUCACAUAAGGAGGGCAGCAAGGGGAAGCAGUUCUACAAGUGUCCACUGUUGGAGCAUACCGAUUAUGCCUAUCGCACAUACUACUUUGAAGAACACUAUGUCCCUUUGUUGGUCUCCAAAGGUGUUCUUCCUCGCCAUUUCAGUCAGCUUAGAGGUCAUGAUGGCAUGGGGCUGGAGGUGAUGAAGGAUGGCAAGGACAUGUUGAAGGCCUGCCAAGGUGUUGAUGCCUGCCAAGAACUGAUGGAGAAUGCAGUCAUUCAUCUCAAAGAUUCAGAGGCACUGCUUAAGGCAUUAGUUGAUAGCAAUAGCAAAUUGAUGACAAAGAUGGAUAAGAUUAGAGAGAGACUACUUGUAGUUGGUGCUAUAAAGGUGUUUAUUUUAGUUUUGUUAGUGUUGUUGGUUAAGUGA